AUGGCAUUCCCUGUGGAUAUGCUGGAUAAUUGCAGUCAUGAGGAACUGGAAACUUCUGCGGAAGAUUACAUGACAGAUUUAAGGUGUGCAGAUCCUGACAAUCCAGAGGGCUUUUCUUUUCUCAAUGUUACGAUUCCUAUUAGUCUUUCAAAUGUAGGCUUCGUGCCCCUUUAUGGUGGAGAUCAGACCCAGAAAAUCCUGGCUCUCUUUGCGCCUGAGGAUUCACUCACAGCUGUGGCGCUUUACCUGGCUGAUCAGUGGUGGGCAAUUGAUGAUAUUGUGAAAACAUCUCUCCCUUCUAGAGAAGGGCUCAAGCAGGUGAGCACCCUUGGGGAGAGAGUGGUUCUGUAUGUUCUGAAUCGAAUUAUUUAUAGAAAACAGGAAAUGGAAAGAAACGAGAUCCCAUUUCUGUGUCAUAGCAGUACUGAUUAUGCUAAGAUUCUGUGGAAGAAAGGAGAGGCCAUUGGGUUUUAUUCAGUUAAGCCUACAGGAAGCACAUGUGCCUCAUUUCUCACCCAAAGUUACCAACUGCCAGUUCUUGAUACGAUGUUUGUAAGAAAGAAAUAUAGAGGGAAAGAUUUUGGGCUUCAAAUGCUGGAAGACUUUGUUGAUUCCUUUACAGAAGAUACACUUGGCUUGAGGUAUCCACUGUCUUCUCUCAUGUGUACAGCUUGCAAGCAAUACUUUGAAAAAUAUCCAGGAGACCAUGAACUGCUCUGGGAAGUUGAAGGUGUUGGCCACUGGUACCAGCGAAUCCCAGCCACCAGAGCAUUACAGAGAGAAGCGCUUAAAGUCACAGCAGUUUCUCAGAAGGAAGCUAAAAGAGCUGUGUCUGGAGACUGUGGGGUUGCGUCUGUUCCAGAACACGAAGCAGGUACUGAAGACCCUAAGCCUGGGGAGGCACAGCUAACGAUUGAUUCUCUAAAAGAUACCUUUGCAAGUACUUCUGAAGGUCAUGAUAAAACAUCUCUUUCCACGCGUACUCGGAGUGGUCAUCUAAAGCGGCCUAAGAUUGGAAAACGGUUUCAGGAUUCCGAGUUGAAUAGUGCGCUAGGUGAAGAUGAAAAGACCCGGCAGACUUUGAUAAACAAGUUGGACAUGGUGGCGCACACGUCAGAGAGCUCAGAAGAAUUCCUGGAAGAGGAAGUAGAGCACAGAGCGAGUGGACUUGAAGAUGAAAGCUCCGAGAAAGAUGCGCGGCCUGUCCCCGAGGCACAGCCACGGCCGGAGAAGCAAGAUGCUGAAAAGGAAUCUGAGUUAGAGCCUGUGAAUGGUGAGCUAAUGGAUGAAAGCCUCAAGACCUCGCUCGUAACUGAAGAGGAGGACUCUGCCAGUGAAGGGUUAGAUGAAGAACUGAAGCUGCAGUCUUUCAAUUCCAGUGAAGAGGCUACAAAUUUUGCUCCCCUGGUGGUCGAACCUGCAAAACCCCCUGAGACUGUUGCAGCAGAUAAGAUUCCACAUACGACCGACUCAGAUGUGUUGACAGACCAAGGCUCAUCUGAUGAAAAGGGGUACAUAGAAGAAAAGCUGCCUUUUGUUUCGAAAAAGAAGGCACAUUUUGGGAGUUCAGACAGCGUCGCUGCUAUGUCCAAUGAAGAGCGACUGGACAGUGGUUUUCCAAACUCUGUGACACCCGAGUUGUCUGAAGAACCUGUCUCUGAGAACUUAUCGCCCAACCCCACUUCCUCAUUGGAAGAGCAGGGUGAGGAGGGGGUAGCUGAGCCCCAGGAAACGUCUGCUGCUCUUGCUCAGAGUUCUCUCAUAGAGGUGGAACUUGAAGAUGUGCCAUUUUCCCAGAAUGCAGGACAGAAAAGCCAGUCCGAGGAGCAGUCGGAAGCAUCUUCGGAGCAGCUCGAUCAGUUCACGCAGUCGGCAGAGAAGGCUGCGGAUAGCAGCUCUGAAGAAAUCGAGGUGGAGGUGCCUGUGGUAGACAGGCGGAAUUUAAGAAGAAAGGCCAAAGGGCACAAAGGACCUGCUAAGAAGAAGGCCAAGCUGACCUGA